AGCCGCGCAAGUGUUACCAUGGUGAUCUGUGAGAGUUCAGGAAGGGAUUGUGAAUCCAACAGCUAAAUUGCAUAGGUUUGAAACCAUAAUCUAUUUUUGGCUAAUUGUACUACAGUUCUAGGCUGGUUCGUCUAACUAUUAUUUGGACYAAAUAUGAGUUCACGUAGUACUAAAAGCCCAGGGAAAACUGGAGCCAAGGCACCGUCGAAGGGAGCAGUUCAAUCAUCAGAGGCAGGUGCCUCCCCACAGCGCAGACAGAGCACUGGUGUGACCCAGGGUGGCCAGUCCAAAGGCAAAUCUGCUGUUGCCAAGGCAAGACGAAACACCUCUGCCAGUGCCAAGACAYUGCAACCACCAAAGAAAAAUGUAGAGCCGACUCAAGAGGAGCUAGCUGCAGUGACCAUCCAGCGGGCCACUCGAGGCCUGCUGGCCAGGCGAGAGCGGGUCCGGAGACAGAAGGAAAAACAGGACUAUGAAGACCUUAUGGAUCGCUUGGAGAAAGAGGCUUUUGUGGCGCUAGUACGAAGAGAACAGGAAGAGGCGGAGUGGAAAAGGAAGAAGGAGGAGGACGAGAGAAAGGGGAAGAAGGAAGAGCAGCUGCUGCGAACCCGACUUCUGGAAGCAGCGUUCGAUGGAGAGGCAGWGGAAGUGUUAGCAAUUUUGAAGGAGGUCUCUGAUAGGGACACAAAGCGUGGCCUUGGGUUGGAUGAAGCAGGCAAACGCCAGCGGCUGCUAAACCAACUUUGCAUGAUAAACAUCACYGAUGCCAAUGGCAACACAGCAGUGUCAGAAGCAGCAGGUGGGGGUCAGCCGGAAGUCAUCACCUUAUUGGUGGAGAGGGGUGCGGACAUAAACACACGGGGUGCAUUUGGACGGACUCCAAUCUACAGAGCUGCGUUUGGAGGCCAUCUUGGGGCAGUCCAGACCCUUCUACAGCUUGGGGCAGACCCGAGGACCCAUGCAGAUGAUGGUAGCACUCCAGAGCAGGUGGCUUCCGAAGAGGCUGUGGUUGCCACUUUACAGAACUGGGAUCUGAGUGCCACUGACUCCAUGCUGACGAAGAUGAAGGCAGAGGAACAGAGGAGGGCGGAGGAAGAGAAAAAGCAGAACGAGGCGGAGACUGACCGCCUGAAAGGGGAGGUGGAGCAGCUCCAGAWAGAGCAUGAGCGAUGCCAAAGAGAGCUGCAGAAGGCCUUCGUUGAACUGAAUAAGAGGAUCACAGAACAUGAUAGAUGUGUGAGGAAGGGUAUGGAGGAGCAGGUUAAAGUCACCUUGCAGGUGGUUCAUGAAGCUGAAGAUGUGUUGGCGAAAGCUCAAAUAGCAGCUCAUGAGGCUGCAGGGCAACUAUCCCUUGCCAAGCUGACACUGAGAGAGCAGUCUGGUGGAGAUGCUGUCCUGGACCGUGGUGGGGUUCGUUGCCCGGUUCGUGACCUUGAGGAAGUUCUUAUUAAAGAUGUAGGCGGCAAGAUCAAGCAGGAUGGCAGGUGGCCCCUGCUUGUGGAUACCUAUGGUCAGGCUGCCACAUUUCUACGCUACAGAGACACUAACUACCUGGACGCCUUGCACCCUGGAGACAUGCAGCCUGACAAACUGAGGCUCGCUCUACUGGGGGCCAUCAGGUACGGAAAGCCCUUGGUUAUUAACAUGAUGGAGGUGGACUUGUUUGAGAGUGUACAGAACCAGCUCGACCAGGUGAACCCAGGGCUGAGUGAGCAGCUGAUGAACAAGGAGCUCCUGCAAGAAGAGAGGUACCUAAGCCUGGUGCGCUCCACAGAUGGUCCUCAGUAUGCCAGAACUGAGUUCAUGCUGGACCGCAUUGAGAAGUUCAGCCUGGUCUUGGUGACCAAACAGCGCCACCCUCCUGAUGCACUGCUCACAGCAUUCUAUCCCAUCCAUGUCAUGCUGCCAGAAGCCAAAAUAUGACAUGUUGCUGUUGCUCUAAAGUGUCAAUACUGUUGUUGUUUUUUUACCACAAAACAUGUUUUACUAAUAUAAAAUAUAUGACACCAAAAAAUAAGGAUUUUAUUUUUGGUAUGAUGGUUAUUAUGUAAGUGAUUAGAUGUUAAUCUCCAGAAGACUGACAGCACUGUGGCAAUUUUCAUGGUAGCUAAAUAUAAAAUACGUUUUUUUGAUAAUGCAGACUAGUAGUAAUCUAAACCAAAACAAAAAGUAGCAUUGUAUCACAGGAAACACAGGCACUCGCGAUAUGUUAUAGCAAUCCCUAUCCCUAUUGGCUGCUACAGUUGACUUGUUUUUAGGAACAGCCAAUCAUGGGGUUGUAAUAGAAGAGAUUUGACACAGGGAGUUAUUUUACACUGGCCCAGUUUGAACCGGGCAAAAACCGGUCACAUCAUCGGGCGAAAGCAGUAAAUGACACCGCUCCGUUAUUUUGUCAACACGGUAGUAUUGGUGCAUCGUCCAGAAACAUACAUCUCUUUUCCCAAAAAGAAAAUGUGUGCUUUUCCAACUAGUUUUUAUUG